UAUCGUUUUAAAGUACCUUCUUGCCAUGUCUAUUUUUGUUGUAACAUCCUUUUCGUUGCAAAUCGAUCAUAAUUUUGAAAAAUUCAAUCGUUUUCGUUAGGGAACAGAACCUUUUUCUAUUGAAAAAAGACUGAUUUGGUUAUAUUAUGAUAAAUCAACAUUUGAGCCCGAAAUGAAUAGUUUGUUUUCAUGUUAAAGAACAACCGGCUGAUUUCAAGUGUGUUUAUACUUCGCUCUUAUUUUUUUUCUAUCUCUGUUGACCGAUCAUUUUACGUGCCAGAAACGCGCUAGCGUGUCGACCGGAAAGUACAAAAUGUAUUUCAAUUCAAAAUUUGGCAAUCGUAAUCCAAUGAGAAUGGCUAGAGGAAGAGGAAUAGCACAAAGCAAUUUAUCUUCCAAUGAAUGCCUUUGUAAUAGACCACAUGGUUUUGUGCUUUGCAAUGUUUGUGGUUAUUUGACAAAGGGCAGAGUACGUUAUUUCUGUCCUAUUCAUCCACAGACAAUUUUUUUGCUUGACAUUGCUCAAUGUCCUCAAUAAUUUUGUUGACAUUUUUAAUCGAAGAUGAGCUGCGAUUUAUUACCGGAAUGGCUGAAUCUUUUCCUGGACGAUGUAGAAACUACUUUAUGCUUACCAAUAUUACUUAUUAUGGUCCUUUGUACUCUUCAAUUUAUAGUUAAUCACGCAAUGGACAUUGGCUUUACUUUUUAUCAAAAUAUAAUGCAAAAAUCUGACGAAGAAGAAGAAGUAAAAAAAGGCGAAGGUUUAAUGGAUAAGAUUAGAGGAUAUAUAUGUAACGUAACUUGUGUUGCUGGUAAUAACGAUUCGAAACCAGAAGAGAGCGCAGCACCAUCGAUGCUUAGGUCAAAUUUGCAAGAAGAGGAAUGGGAUUAUUGUGAGGACGACGAAGAAAAGUGACAGAUAAACAUUGCAGGAAAAAUUAUAAGCUUCAUUGAUAAGUAAUCUAUUGUAACUUUUAUAUUGCUUAUAUUUUAAAAUAUUAUUUUCAAAUUGAUACUAUAUUAAACUUAAUAAAUAAUACGAGAAAUAAUGCGAUAUUAAUAGAAAAUGAGAUACAAGAAAGAGUUAAAAUUAUAA